AUGAUUGUUGCAGCAUUCUUUUUCAGGAAGCCAAAUGGGAGGAUCAAAAUGAUAUAUAAAAACCAGCGGUACUACCAACAAAUGGAGGGAAAGGAUAAGAUCCGUUGGCGCUGCACCAAAAGGGGUUGCAAAGCCUUCUACUACACUAUUGGCGGCGUUCUGACGAGAACGCGCGAGAAGCACGACCACCAAAACUACCAACCUGGGGACGUACCUAUUAACCUUGGACUUGCUCAAAACUAUGUG